CCUAAACCCAAAUUCCAUAGUCCAUAUCGCCAAUUUCAUCCAUGUUUGUGAAGCCUUCUUGGGAAUUAAACCCCACUUCGCUCUGUUCCGCCGAAUCUUUUUUCUCAAGCCCCAACCGAACAAGAAUAAGCCAUGUGUAGUCGGAGGGGCAGGAUUUCAGUUGAGGGGAACCCUGAGCCAGAAGUACUUCUCUAUGCCUUUCAAGACCUCAAACAAAGGGUGGCAUGCGAACUGGUUUUAUGUUCAGAAUCCUGAGCCUGCUCUUCCCGAGUACUCUUGUCUUCCCCCAGUAUACCAAGAUACCUGGAACUCUCUUCCCAUGGGAGAUGAAGCUGCCCAAGCCUUAGAACUGAUGGAACGCAUGCUGAAGCUCAAAGAGCAAGGCUUACAGGGAGAGCAAAUCACUCGGCAUUUCAUUAAGUGUCGAUUAGCUCCAAUCAAAGAGAGAUCCCGCACAGCAUUCGAGUUUGACGGCAAGCAUGAUCCAAACCGUGAAGACCCAGACUCUCUGGACUUUAAAAUCAUGAAGGAGAGAAUGUAUAAAAUCUUCUCAAAUGCUAUUGUCGUCAGCUACUCACAUCAGCUGCCAGUUGUACCAUAUAAUGCAUUCAAUCCGCCUCCACAGGUAUGUAUCUGAAACCUUUAACUCAUGACCAAAAUAUAAUUUUAUCUUCAUGUUGAGUGAGCUAACCGUGGAAGCAUCUCAUUUAGGAGUACGUAUUGAUGAAAUCUGAUCCCCCAAUUGCUCAACGCCGAUCUCCUCGCCAGCACACCGUUCAGGGAAGUGGAGGGCCGACAAUCAGGUCAGACCCGCAACCUCAAACCUCCAAACCGGCUGGGCAGACAGGUUCUCGCAAGAGAAAGCUGGUGCUUAAUGACGACGAAGGCGAUGACAGCAACAAAUCUGGGGACAAGGGCACGCCCAAUAAACUCCCAAAGCAUACCAUGCCCAGGAAAAAACUGGCUGGCCGUCAAAUGCCAAAGAUUAGAACAUCUUCCAGGAAACCGUCUGAUAUAGAUCCAACUAGAAAAAAUCCUGAUCCGACUGCCACAGAGUCAAAUUUAUCCAAAGAUGCUGAUCCGACUGCCGAAAACCAGUCGACUGCCGAAAGUCAGCCGACUGGCGCCCAUGCUUCGGAUGACAAGGCCAAUCCGAGUGACCAGCCGCCGACUGGAAACCAGUCGGCAGCUACUGAAACUGCAACAACCCAAGAGCCCCCGACUGGAAACCAGUCGGAUGUGGGUCUAAAUCAAGAGAUUCCUGAAGCUGAAGCACAGGCGACAACUUCUCAAGGACCAAAAGCUGGUAAUGACUCGGUGAUUGGGUCUCCGGAUAAAGAGCAAAGAUCACCUCACGCUCAGCUAGGCACAUCCUCAGGUCCAUUAGGUGGCGACGAAGAAGAAAUUCUCCGCAUAAAGGCAGCUGAUGACUCUCGUCCUCCUAUCUUACUCAAGUGGUGGGACGAGAACUCUCAAGUUUCCGGCAUUGUCAUAAAUCGCCAAAAAGAAGAUGAGGAAGUGUGCCAGCUGAAGAAAGUACUUGGAGAAGCUACUCGCAUUGUGAAUAGAAUCCAUCUUCGCAAUGAGGCCAAGACUACAACCUUAGAAAAGCUGGUUCCACAUUUGGGAACUCUUGAAGCCGUUAGGGAACAGCUACAUGAGGCCAAGGAGCACGCAAAAAAGACGGAGAAAGAAUUAAGGGAGCGAAUUGCUCAGCUCCAGGAUUCAAACUUCGAGCUGAGUGGUUCAUCAAAAGCGCAAGCCACCAGAAUGGCUCAGAUGGAGAAACAAAUUGAAGCCUUGAAAAGAGACAAGGUAGAACUGGCUGCGGAAAGGGACUCAGCCUUGAAGGAGGUUGAAGACCGUAAAAUCAAAUCUCAAGCUCAGUUUGAUGUCCUGGUUGGUAAGAUCAAGAAGCUUGAAGGAGCAAGAGACGAAGUCGCCAAUGUCGCUACACCACUCGUCCAAGCUAUGUUCCUUAAUAACAGUGGUCCGAGUGCACUUGACGCAACCGAAAUCUUUGACAAGCUGAGAGUUGCACCGGAUGUAUAUUUCAAGAAUAUCAAGAAAGCUGGAAGUAUGGGAGCUAGUAUGGCAUUGGCGAUGACCAAAUCCUUGUACCCGAGGAUUGAAAUUGAUACCAUUGAUGGCUUUGCAGACGGGACAAGUGAAGAAGCUGCUCUUGAUCUUAUCAGUAAUGCUCAAAGUGCGGCUGACAAGAUUGCAAGUGAUGUUGUAGAGCAAUUCCGCAACAACGACCUUCAGCCGAGCAAUAAUAACUCUGAUGAUGAAAGGACUGAUUCUGACUGAGUGUAAAUGUAGCAAAUGGAGGCUUAAUUUGUACAAUACUGGUGUAUUUAUGCUGUGCUUGAUAGUUCUAACCAAGUCUUUGAUUUCUU